AGCCAGGACGCUCUCCGGUUACUCAUAGAAGUUGUACGCAACAGCAGUUGAAAGGCAUAUUUUCAGUCACUGCUUUAAAGGCGGAAAGUGGGCAGAGCGCUCCCGUGUAGCCUUCCCUUCAACGGACUCCAGAACUUGAAUGGGAAAGUAAAUUAUAACUCCCCAAGCCAGCGGCAGUGGAGUAGCAGCGUCAGGGGAACGACUUUGUGGCAUUUAAUAGAAAAAGCAGACCUACAGUAUGCGGUGCAGCCAUGGCAGGCAAGGGUAAGACAGCCGUGAGGACCCUGGAGGAUUUAACGCUUGAUUCCGGUUAUGGUGGCGCCGCGGACUCCAUCAGGUCGUCCAGCGUGUCGCUCUGCUGUUCGGACACGCAUCUGUCGCACGCGCAUGGGGGUAACUGUUGGCAUCUGACUGAAUCCAUGCAUAGCAGACACAACAGCUUGGACACGGUCAACACCGUCCUGGCGGAGGACACGGAGAUCUUGGAGUGCUCCGGCCAGUGCGCCAAACUCGCCGAGCUCGAGGACGUGCCAUGGAGUCUCGGCGAGGUAGAGUGCGCACUGAGGAAGGAAGAGGAGCUUAUGAUUGGGAUCCCGUCCCGAGAGGUGCUGGCCAAGCUUUCGGCUCUGGUCAGCCGUGCACUGGUGAGGGUUGCCCGGGAAGCGCAGCGUCUCAGCCUGCGCUAUGCCAAGUGCACCAAACACGAGAUCCAGAGCGCCAUCAAAGUGGUUCUCUCUUGGACCAUCUCUGUCAACUGCAUCACCGCGGCACUCAGCGCCCUGUCCCUCUACAACAUGAGCACCGGGGACAAGUUCAGCAGGGGCAAGUCAGCACGCUGCGGGUUGGUGUUUUCCGUUGGGAAGUUCUUUAAGUGGAUGGUUGAAAGUCGGGUGGCACUGAGGGUCCACGAGCAUGCGGCCAUAUACCUCACUGCCUGCAUUGAAAGCCUGUUCCGAGAGGUGUUUACCCGGAUUCAGCGGAGCGCGCUGAUCGAGAGGGACAACGGAAUCCCCAAGUUUACGCUGGAGUCAAUUGAGCAGGCCAUCAACAACGACUCGGAGAUAUGGGGACUGCUGCAGCCAUUCCAGCACCUCAUUUGCGGAAAGAAUGCUAGCGGUGUGCUGAGCCUGCCGGACAGUCUGAACCUGCACCGCGACCAGCAGCGCUCGGGGAAGGGCAGCGAGGGCCACGCCUACAGCCAAGCGGAGCUCAGGACGCUGGAACAGUCUCUGUUAGCUACCCGGGUGGGCAGCAUCACCGAGCUAAGUGAUCUGGUAUCACGGGCCAUGCACCACCUCCAGCCUCUUCACAUCAAGAACCCCAGCAAUGGAACGCCUGUCCACCAGAAGACCAACUCGGUCCACUGGGAACCCGAGGCCCUCUACACACUCUGCUACUUCAUGCACUGUCCCCAGAUGGAGUGGGAAAACCCUAACGUGGAACCCUCCAAGGUCACCUUGCAGACAGAGAGGCCCUUUCUGGUACUGCCACCGCUGAUGGAGUGGAUCCGGGUAGCAGUGGCCCACACAGAUCAUCGUCGCAGCUUCUCUGUGGACAGCGACGACGUGAGGCAGGCCGCUAGGCUGCUGCUGCCGGGGGUGGACUGCGAGCCCAGACAGCUCAAGGCCGACGACUGUUUCUGUGCCACCAGGAAGCUGGACGCGGUGUCCACCGAGGCCAAGUUCCUCCAGGACCUCGGCUUCCGGAUGCUCAACUGUGGCCGGACUGACCUGGUCAAGCAGGCAGUCAACCUGCUGGGACCUGAUGGGAUCAACAGCAUGAGCGAGCAGGGGAUGACUCCUCUCAUGUAUGCCUGUGUGCGUGGAGACGAGGCCAUGGUCCAGAUGUUGCUGGACGCUGGGGCGGACAUCAACAGUGAGGUGCCAAGCACAGUAAACAAGCACCCCUCAGUUUAUCCCGAAACGCGCCAGGGGACUCCGCUCACUUUCGCCGUGUUACACGGACACGUCCCUGUCGUCCAGCUGCUGCUGGACAACAGAGCCGGUGUGGAGGGCGCCCUGCAGGAUGGAACAGAUAACUACACUGAGACUCCCCUGCAGCUGGCCGCUGCUGCAGGAAACUUUGAGCUGGUUAGUCUCCUGUUGGAGAGAGGGGCCGACCCCAUGAUCGGGACCAUGUGUAGAAACGGUAUCUCCUCAGCUCCCCUGGGAGAUAUGAACUCCUUUAGCCUGGCAGCAGCACAUGGGCACAGGAACGUGUUCCGGAGGCUUCUGUCUCAGGCAGAGAAGGAGAAGGGCGACGUCCUCUCCCUGGAGGAGAUUCUGGCUGAGGGCUCGGAGCCGGGGGGGGAGAAGAGGGCCUGUCCGGUUCCCCCGGCCGUGGACGGGACCCUCCAGCGAACAGGAAAGGCCAAACUGAGGGCCCUGAGAGAGGCCAUGUACCAUAGCGCAGAGCACGGCCAUGUGGACAUCACCAUAGACAUCCGCAGCUUAGGUGUCCCCUGGACCCUGCACACCUGGCUGGAGUCUCUCCGCACCUGCUUCCUGCAGCACCGCCGCCCACUGAUCCAGGGCCUGCUCAAGGACUUCAGCUGCAUCCAGGAGGACGAGUACACCGAGGAGCUGAUCACGCACGGCCUGCCACUCAUGUUCCAGAUCCUCCGAGCCAGCAAGAAUGAGGUGAUCAGCCAGCAGCUGUCUGUGAUCUUCACCCAGUGUUACGGGCCUUUCCCCAUCCCCAAGCUGACAGAGCUCAAGAGGAAGCAGACCUCACGUCUUGAUCCUCACUUCCUCAACAACAAAGAUAUGUCUGAUGUGACGUUCCUCGUGGAGGGAAAACCUUUUUAUGCACACAAAGUUCUACUGUUCACCGCUUCAGCCAGGUUUAAGUCCCUGCUCCAAAACCGACCUGCGGCUGAGAACACCUGCAUUGAGAUCAGUCACGUCAAGUACAACAUAUUUCAUUUGGUCAUGCAGUAUCUUUAUUGUGGAGGCACUGAGUCCUUGCAUAUAAGGAACACAGAGAUUAUGGAGCUGUUGUCUGCAGCCAAAUUCUUCCAACUUGAGGCCCUUCAGCGACACUGUGAGAUAAUAUGCUCCAAGAACAUCACCACGGAAACAUGCGUGGACAUCUACAAACAUACUAAGUUCCUGGGUGCCAGCGAGCUUGCGGCCUUUAUCGAGGGCUAUUUCCUGAAGAACAUGGUACUGUUGAUUGAACUGGAGGGCUUCAAGCAGCUGCUGUACGAGCCCCCUGCAGAGAGCCCGGCCUCCAGCCCCUGUCCCAGCUCGGACAUCCUCCAAGACCUGGAGAAAACACUGGCCGUCCGCAUCCACUCCAUUCAUCUCUCCUCCUCCAAGGGCUCUGUCGUCUGACCGCUCUGGAAUCCCAGCGGCAUCAUCAGCAACAUCCCAGCAAUGUUACUUCAACAUCCACAACCACCCCCCAACAAGUUGAUUGCCGCGCCGCCCCGUCCCCCUCGCAGAAAGGGGAUCUGCUGCCAUGUCGGCAGGGUUGUACAUUUUCCCCUCGUAAAACCCAGUAACUAUGACAACCUAAGUUCAGCGCCAGUUCAUCCAGCUGACUGUCGUAGGGAGCGCUGUUGGGUCAUGUGACGUGACAGGUCCGAGCGACAAGGUCUUCACUGCAGCGCCACAUUCAGUUCAUUUGCCCUGGGACGGCGUAGCAACGUGCUUUCAAGUUGUUGUUGUAGCACUCCUCUCACAUAACUGCAAGAUCUUAGGGCACCACAAGAGGGAUACAAGGAAGUAUGAUUGAUACUGGCCCAUGCUUAUGAAACACAUGGGUGUAUUUCAUGUGGGAUACAUUGGAAGAGACCAAUCGGAUAAAUGUCAUUCAGUGUCUAAUUCCUGCAAGACUGACUUCAAGGUUUCUGCAAGUUAAUUUAUGUACUUUACACAAUAUGCUUUUCCAGGACUUCACAAAAAACUGUGACAUAUAGAGUGAAAAGUAUAUUGCCAAAGCAUCACCUUUAACUUAACCAACCAUUUACAGUCUGAAAGAAACAUUGAAAACAAAAAUAGUAGCAAUGAGAGAGAUUUGGGGACUAUGAACAUAUUUGCCAAUUUAUUCUCCUUUGUGUGCUGGACAGAAUUUCACUGUGUCCUCAGCUAUGUGCUUUGGCUAAAUCAAUCAAAGAACCUUCCAUUACCAACCGAUACAGCUCUUUAAACAUGUACUCUGUCUGCUCCUACAAUCAGUAUGGGUUUAUGCUCCAAACAUGGAUGUUCAACUCUGAAUUACCUUGUGCUCUAUUUAUGAACUACGUCUUUGCAUGACAACUUCUAAGCCGUGCUGUCCUAAUGUUGCUUUUUUGGGGAUGGAUUUCCCUUCGCCCUUUGGGAGGGAGUGCAGAUUUGCCCUGCCUAAUGCUCUCUUGAUUGCAAACAACAGACUUAUGGACUACAGUGAUUGGAACUUAGAAUGGCGUCUCUGUAGAUCUUAGAAGCCGUGUGUAAAUACGUCAUGCAAGUGAAUUGUUUCAGUCGUACUGUCUGUAAACCAAUGUACAGUAUAUUCCGUCAUCCCGUCAUGCUUGGCUAACAGAAACACUCUUUGGAUGUGCUACAACCACAGUCGUCGUUCAAACUGUAUGAUUCAGUUGAUGCAAAGUUGCAUGUUAAAUGUAUGAAUCCUUUCGCUUUUUUCUGUGUCUGUCAGUAGGCCUACAGAAUGUUGUUGUUGUCAGUAGUCAUACUGAUUGGUAGGGAAUCAUAGGUUGUUCAUCUCAGCCAGAGAGGUAGAAUUUCUAGCAUGAGAUCUUUCCCAUUUCAGCUGUGUGGUUAUUGUUGCGUACCAAAUAAUAAAGUAAGAAGGGAUAUGGUAGGUCUUAGGCAUUCCCUGAAGUUAGCUUUAGUCAAAAAAAACAAUUUGUCUAUGGCCAUGACCACAGAUAGUGAACUCAAAGUAGAUAUUGAGAAAUCUGUUGACUAUUCCUAGCUUGUCAUGUAAUGUUCAUGUACAGUAAACCAAUUACUUUAAUUAGAAUUGUUUUUGCUGUAAAAUUACACAGUCCAAUGUAAUCUGCCCAAAUGUCUGAAAUGUAAACAUUAUUUAGCUUUUCUUCAACAGUAUGCUCUCAUGGUUUUGAGUUGAGCAAUGUGAGGGUGAGUAGCAAAAACUCUAAAUGGACUUUAGGAAAAUAACUUUUAGCUGAAAGGUCAAUAUAGAUAAAUAACAGACAACAACAGUAUAUGAGCAAAGUUACAAUGUGUAAAUAAUGACAAAAAACUGAAAUUAUAUUAUAACUUUAUUUUCUUACCACAAAUAGCAUUGUAUGUUUUAUUUUCCACAGCUAUUUUGUUUUACAAAAGUGAAAAAGAUUAUAAAAAUGUACAUGAUUCAGAUUGAGACAGUAGUCUUAUUAUAGUACAUUUGGUUUCCAUAGCCCUAAGAAAAUAGAUCAUGUACUACAAAAACUGAGCACCAUAUUUGUUAUCAAAUUAUUUCCAGUAACUGUGAGAAUGCAGUUAUUAAAAGGCUGCUAUUAAAAUGCAAGUUAGGACACAUAUGUCAAAUUUGGAUUUAAAAUCCUUAGUUUGGCUAGCAAUUUCUACAAAAUUGAUUUAAAUAAACUUGUAAGUUUAAACUACGUAAUACUGUCAGGGGUACGCCACAUGCCCUGUCUACCUUGUACACAAACAGUGUACUGUAUUUCAAGCUUUCACAAUUUCCCUUGCUUGGUCAUUUAAAAGCGAAAUAAUCAACUGAUGACAAUAUCUGACCAUGGACUAAUGGAGGAUCAUGAAUGUACCAUGCAUUGUUUGUGUAUGUGUUAGACUGUUCAUUUGUGAGCCCCUCACCAAAGCAAAAACUAUGCUUGUGAGCUACAGCAAAUGCAGGGCAAGCAUGACAAAUUUAGUUUGACGUUGUCUGAGAUGUAUAUUGUACACCAGCUUUGUCUGAUAAAAAAAAUGGCUUGUCUGUUCAUUUUUCCAAACAUUUACUUUGCCUCCAAAUCUUGUUGUUGAUAACAAACUAUGACAAAACAUCUCUCUUACAGUAAAUCCAGAUUAAACAUGCAUGGGGUUACAUUUACUAUAUUCGGAAUCCAAAGGCUAUUUGCUCAUUAGUUUUUGUUAUUUUUCUUCAAUACAAAACAUGUAUAUUGUACAAAAUAUAUAUAAAUAUAUAUAUAUAUGAAUAUUAAUUAUACAUGGGGUGAAUAUCAGGGAUGUGGUUGAGUAUAACUGCAAGGAAAGAAUGUUACACUCGUGCUACGGUGCAAUUGUUCCAUGACAUGCAUUUCUGUACAGCCAAUAAAAUGAUCACAGUUUAA